AUGGAGCUAGCUCAGCCCAGGGACCUGGAGCAGUACUUGGCUCUGGGCAAGAGGAGGCAUAACGAGUUGUGCAGGCAGAAACGGAUCUUCAACGCCAGGAACAGGAUCAUCGGGGGAGACACAGAAGCCUGGGAUGUUCAGGUUCAUGACCGGAAGAUAAAAGAAGCAACUGAAAAAGCUAGACAUGAAACUUUUGCUGCUGAAAUGAGGCAAAAUGACAAAAUCACAUGCAUAUUGGAAGGCCGGGAAAGGCGAGAUAAGAGAAGCCUCUGUAAAGCCAUCAGUGACUUCCAGCAGCACUUCCAGAGGCCAGAAACGCGCCGUGAAUUUGACCUAUCAGACCCCCUAGCGCUUAGGAAAGAUCUUCCAGCUAGGCAGUCGGAUAAUGAUAUUCGGAAUACAGUAUCAGGAAUGCAGAGAUUCAUGGGAGAGGAUUUAAACUUGUGCGAGAGGAAGAAAUUCCAGGAGGAACAAAACAGGGAAUGGUCCUUGCAACAGCAGAGGGAGUGGGAGAAAGCCCGCGCCCACCAGAGAUGUGCAGAGGACCUCUACUUGAAGACAAGGCUGCAGUUUGAUGAAAGAGCCAAGCAUUUACAGAAUCUGGAAAGCGCCACCAGAAAGGCAGUGUGCACAGCUGUGAAAGAAUUCAACAAGAGCCAGGCCACCGAGUCACUGGAAAGGAAAAUUCGAGAGAAAAAACAGGAACAAGAAGACAACCUGGCUGAGAUCUCCAACCUGCUGCGUGGGGACCUGCUCUCGGAGAACACACACCAGGCAGCCAGCUCCUUUGGGCCCCACCGCGUGGUCCCCGACCGCUGGAAGGGCAUGACCCAGGAGCAGCUGGAGCAGAUCCGCCUGGUUCAGAGGCAGCAAGUCCAGGAGAAGCUGAGGCUUCAGGAGGAAGAGCGGCAGCGAGACAUGGACUGGGACCGUCGGAGGGUACAGACGGCGCGCGCUGCUCUGCUCAGGGAGCGGUGGCAGCAGCGCCAGCAGCGAGACCUGCGCCGGGCUCUGGACUGCAGCAACCUCAGCCUGGCCAAGGAGCAGCUUGCGCAGAAAAAAUAUAUGGAGGAAGUCUAUACAAAUCAACCCACUGAAGAUUAUUUCACACAAUUUAAUACACAAAGUCGGUAAUAAUGAAAGAGAAACCGUUUAUGCCUAAAAUGCAGUAGCUGUGAAGAGUCACAUGUAUU